AUGUCGCCAGCUCCGCUCGCCGAGGAGGCGCAGCUGGAUCCGCAUCUGGACCAGCUGCAGGCCGUGGGCAAAGCUUUCGAUGCCCUCCUACUAACACUCUAUCGGCUUACCCACAGACACAAUGAACUGAAGCAACAUACCGAGGAGGUCUUCAAACAGUACACCAACGCCACCAGGCAGGUGCCUCCCCAAGAUAGACCGCAUGUGAUGGAAGUGCAACAGAGGUUACUGGAUCAACAGAAAGAAUUGUGUCUAGGCCUUGUGCACAAGCCCCGCGUCGAAGAACAGUCGCUGAAUUCAAUGGAAGUAAUCAAGACGCUCGUUUCACACCAAAAUGUAGACGAAAAUGCCACUCGGGCCAUCGUGAACGGAGUCAAGGGCUACAAGGCAUUGCUUCGGUCCCAAGAUGGUCUCUCCCAAAUAUCCUCCGUCAACUCCUGCAUGUUUGCACGCGGUCCGGACCCUUCGCUGGAGCAGGACUUCACUACAAAUGGUACCCAGGGUAACCUGCACUGUCCCUUUUCCAAACCGACGUCGCCGCGGCCAGGAAGCGAGCAGAGUGGGAAGAUGGAUGGACCCAAGAUCCGAGUCGAUAGCUGUGGACACGAUGAUCUGGACCCGAUUAAGGCCGAGCAAGAUGAGCGACGCUCGAGUACUACGCCGUCUGCCGAUCCAUCUGUCAACUCAUCGGGCCGGUGUCCCGUUUCUCGCUGCCCGAUUCGAUAUCUGGACAAACACUCGCCGGAGGAAAUUGCGGAAUACGUUGAAAAACACAAGCAUGAAAUCCCCCGGAGCCAUGCUAUCUGCGUGAAGCGAUACCAAAGAGAUCCCCAGAACAUGCGCCAGCUGGACGCCAAGUACGGCGGUCUGAUCAACAUGAUCAGUGGUCUUUCCGCCAAACACCAGGCCUUCCUGCCGCAACGUCAGACGAACGGUGACGGCGAAGUCGAGCGUGAGGACGAGGACGAAGGCGAGGGUAAAUCUACCCCUUCCGCCCCAACAGAGCGGGUCGAGAAAUGGGCCGAGAACGUGGAUCCAGAAACACCUGGGCCGAACGACGAGGACAACCGGGAGAGUCGCUUCGACCGUCCGCUUCGUGAAAUUCGAGUGGGUGAAUCCCCGAGCAGGCCUUGGGGUAUCCCCGUUCCUCUCACUCAACAACCCUCCGCCUCAGUACCCUUCCCCGGGUCGGCAUCUAUCCCCGUACCCUCGGAUGCCAACCACACCGACAUAUCUAUGAAGUCGCCGGCGGAGACCCCGGCCAAACCGGCCGGCCGUUGUCCGUUCGGGCACGAUGCCCCCAAGCCAGAACCCGCAGUUGAACCCGAGCCCGAACCCAAACUCACACCGAACCUCGACUCGCCCUGGAGUAACUGGGGUAAUGGCAACCAAUCUCAAUCGCCAUAUGACUGGACCAAGGAUGACAAGAUCGCCCCGGGGAAGACGGGCGAUGCUGGCCCCCAGAUGGCCGAGACGACAAAGCCCGACGUCAACUCCAUCCCAAGGCAUGUCAUCUUCAAUGGCCCCGUCUUCUUUGGAUACUCAGCCGAGCAGACGGCCAGCCUGAUGCAACAACUGGGACAAUUGGGCAAAUCAUGA